AUGGUGGACAAAUCUACAGAAUUUGUUUGGUGGUGUUUGAAGCAGUUAUUCAUUUCAAGCACACCUGAAGUUGUUCAUUUUAAACUCACAAAAGAGACCGUAUAUGCCAAUUUGGGUCUAAAUCCAAAUUGUUUUGGCCUGCAAAUACUCUAUAGCGCCGUCUUAAGGGGAGGAGUUGAAACAGUUUAUGUCCAGGAUGUAAGGAGUCUGCAGAUAUCUUCUCAGCUCUCUUUUUAUAUACAGGUCUUCUAUGGAAGAUAUAACAGCUCAUUUAUUCACUUAACAAUUUCCCUCCAGAAGUUCCAACAGAAGGCUCUGAAACAAUCUAAGCAGAAGAAAUCUAAGUCGUCUGACUUUCUGAUGGCUGAGCUUUGCUCGAUGAAAGAUGAGAAAGUUGCAACUGAAGACUUUGAAAACCCAGCUUUUAACAUCAGCAAUACUGAUAUUUCAGCACAUCAGACUUACAAGGUGGGACUUAUUAGACCUGACAAGCUGACUAGUAGUCUUGCAGCUCACCCACAAAAAUUCAGGUUGCAAGCCCAAGCUGAACCAAGAGGAAAUGAAUGCAGCAGAAAUUACUUUGACCCUCUGAUGGAUGAGGAAAUAAACCCAAGGCAGUGUGGGAUAGAGGUCAGCAAAGAAGAGACUUCUCUUUAGUUGCUGCAAUUUUUCAGUUGGCAACAUCAGAAUUUCCAUUCCAAAUGCCUCUGUUCCUUUCUCUUGUUGAUGCCAGAGAGUUAACUCAGAUGACAAGAACAUAAGAAAUGAAAGUUGAAGAGAUACAAGA